AUGGAAAAAGCCGGCUGUACCGCAGAGACGCCUGUCCAAGUCCAAGAUGCCUGUUCCCUGCCUCAUGCUCGCCAUCAUCACGUAAAAACCCCUCGUGCAACCAGAGGAGAGUUAUUCGGCCAUUCUGUCCAACUUACAGAAGCCCAGCGGCCACGAGUCAGCAAUAACUUGUCUUGGUUAGUGAUGUCCCCUGAGAUGGCUGUCGAGCCUUUCUUAAAGUAUAAGAUAGCCUCGUUUAUAUUUCAACCUCUUCUCAUCAAUUCGCCAACCGCCGACGUUGAGUCGCAACACGCCGUUCGCGUUGGAUUGGGCGUCUGGCUAGUUAUCGCGCCCGAUUUUCAACCAUUCCACAUACUCAACACACCAACAUCUAAUAGGACCAAAAAAGGUCGUAAUGGCUCCUACCUAAUGCUUAGGCCUGAGUUAAAGAUGUCCGUCUCGCUGACUGUUGACUGGACUGGACUGGUGCGAAGACGAACCUUCACCCAUCCGUCGCGGCUGGUGCGACUGCUUGGGCGUUGGGAUCCGCUGAGAGGGCUUACCCGGAAUCCACUACCAGAUGCUUGGGAAUACUGUCUUAAUUACUGA